GCACUUGCUACGAAGGUCAUAAACCUUUUUUUUUUAAGAUUGCAAUUUGCAACGAAGGUCGUGACUGGUCGUUUUUUAUUGAAGCACAUAGAUCUUGGUGCACUGCACUGCAAGUCUGCAAGGUCUCCCUCCCUCCCCAGCUUUGCCUAUAAAUUCGAUCUGUCCGUGCCAUAUCUCUCUCUCUCUCUCUCAGCGCAACAGACUGAGAGAAAACCAAUAAUAGUUUUCUCUCUCGCUCCUCAACCUGCAAACUCAAAUCGAGCCACAAGGGUGUAGGAGGGGUCACCACAUGGGUUCCAAUGGUAAAUCAGUUGUUGAUAUGAUAGAAACCUCAUCAGGGGUUCAUUUUUCUGGAUUUCACAUGAAUGGUGGAUUGGAUCCAAGAAAUUCAGAGGUGGAGCAACCCACGACAUCAGCUGCAGAGCAUGCGCCUACGCAACCUUUUGUCAUCGGAGUUGCUGGAGGUGCAGCAUCAGGAAAGACUCCAGUAUGUGAUCUGAUUAUUGAGCAGCUUCGUGAUCAGCGUGUUGUACUUGUUAAUCAGGAUUCUUUUUAUUACAAUUUGACUGCAGAGGAACUUGCGAAAGUUCAUGAAUAUAACUUUGACCAUCCUGAUGCAUUCGACACUGAGCAAUUAUUACAUGCUAUGGAGAAGUUGAAGCAUGGGCAAGCAGUAGAUAUUCUGAAGUAUGAUUUCAAGAGUUACAAAAAUGAUGUCUUUCCAGCUCGAAGGGUAAAUCCUUCAGACGUGAUAAUCUUGGAAGGCAUACUCAUUUUCCAUGAUCCUCGUGUUCGAGAUCUGAUGAGUAUGAAGAUUUUUGUUGAUACAGAUGCUGAUGUCCGCCUGGCAAGGAGAAUAAGGCGUGAUACAGUUCAAAAGGGUAGAGAUAUCAAUACAGUACUUGAUCAGUAUUCAAAAUUUGUGAAACCUGCUUUCGACGACUUUAUACUUCCAACGAAGAAGUAUGCAGACGUUAUCAUCCCACGUGGAGGAGACAAUCAUGUUGCUAUUGAUUUGAUCGUCCAACAUAUCCGUACAAAACUGGGCCAACAUGAUCUUUGUAAAAUAUAUCCUAAUCUUUAUGUCAUUCAUUCAACUUUCCAGAUUCGGGGCAUGCAUACUCUUAUACGUGAUUCUCAAACAACAAAGCAUGACUUUGUUUUUUAUGCUGACCGGUUGAUUCGUUUGGUUGUUGAACAUGGCCUGGGACAUCUCCCAUUUACAGAAAAGCAGGUGAUCACGCCAACUGAUUCUGUAUAUACUGGUGUGGAUUUUUGUAAGAGGUUAUGCGGUGUUUCCGUAAUUAGAAGUGGUGAGAGUAUGGAGAAUGCAUUGCGGGCAUGUUGUAAAGGUAUCAAGAUUGGGAAGAUUCUUAUUCAUCGAGAAGGUGACAAUGGACAAGAGUUGAUAUACGAAAAACUUCCGAAUGACAUCUCAGAUAGGCAUGUGCUCCUGUUGGAUCCUAUCUUAGGAACAGGGAAUUCAGCUGUUCAAGCUAUAUCUUUACUUAUAAAGAAGGGUGUUCCAGAAUCCAACAUCAUAUUCCUCAACCUGAUAUCUGCACCUCAAGGAGUUCAUGUGGUUUGCAAACGGUUCCCUAGAAUAAAGAUAGUGACAUCGGAGAUUGAAGUUGGUUUGAACAAAGAUUUCCGUGUCGUUCCCGGAAUGGGUGAAUUUGGAGAUAGAUAUUUUGGCACAGAUGAUGAUGACCAACCACCGGUGCCGGUGGUUCCUCACUGAUAAAUUUUGAGAGUUGUUUACAGCUAUGUCGGUGCCUCCUACAAGUAUUUUCCAGCGAUCUUUAAUAGAGAGAAUUAAGAGUGUAUCGGUUCAAACUUGUAUAACCAAUAAUACAAUAUGUUGUGGAAUUAUACCCAAGAUGAGUGAAUUUUGGUUUCAAUGAAUUUAUCUAUUUGUUAAAGAAGAAUUGGUUUUAUCUA